UUUAAACUGCGGCGGUUUACGCGGCGUUAAGACUGUAGGAUUAGCAAAGUUGUAGUUUCUUUCCGUUUUGAGUUUUUCAUCGGCGCAUCUGAGGACUGCCCAAUGGACUCGUCGCUUCAGGCCCGCUUGUUUCCCGGUCUUGCCAUCAACAUCCAACGCAGUAAUGGUUUAAUUCACAGUGCCAGUGUAAGGACUGUGAACUUGGAGACAGCCUGUGUUUCAGUGGAAUGGACAGAAGGAGGUGCCACAAAGGGCAAAGAGAUUGAUUUUGAUGAUGUGGCCGCAAUAAACCCAGAACUCUUACAGUUUCUUCCCUUACACCCGAAAGAUAAUCUGCCCCUGCAGGAGAAUGUAACGGUUCAGAAACAAAAACGGAGAUCAGUCAACUCCAAGAUUCCCGCUCCAAAGGAAGGUCUCCGAAGCCGCUCCACUCGCAUGUCCACUGUCCCAGAGGUUCGCAUCACCACUCAGGAGAAUGAUAUGGAUGUGGAGCUGCCUGCAUCUGCAAGUUCCCGCAAGCAGUUUUCAGUUCCCGCCGGCCCCCCUAGGCCCUCCUGCCCUGCAGUGGCUGAAACACCAUUGACGAUAGUCAGCGAGGAAGUGGAAAAACAAGUCCAUUCCACCCGAGGCAACUCUUCUGCAAACCCUGUGAACUCAGUGCGGAGGAAAUCAUGUCUUGUGAAGGAAAUGGAAAAAACGAAGAACAAGCGAGAAGAAAAGAGGGCCCAGAACUCUGAAAUGAGAGUAAAGCGAGCUCAGGAGUAUGACAACAGCUUUCCAAACUGGGAAUUUGCCCGGAUGAUAAAAGAAUUUCGGGCUACUUUGGAUUGUCAUCCACUUACUCUGACUGAUCCUACUGAAGAGCACAGGAUAUGCGUUUGUGUUAGGAAACGCCCGCUGAAUAAACAAGAAUUGACCAAGAAAGAAAUUGAUGUCAUUUCCAUUCCUAGCAAGUGUCUCCUCUUCGUACACGAGCCCAAGUUAAAAGUGGACUUAACAAAGUAUCUGGAGAACCAGGCAUUCUGCUUUGACUUCGCAUUUGAUGAAACGGCUUCAAAUGAAGUUGUCUAUAGGUUCACAGCAAGGCCACUGGUACAUACAAUUUUCCAAGGUGGAAAAGCAACCUGUUUUGCAUAUGGCCAGACGGGAAGUGGCAAGACACAUACUAUGGGCGGAGACCUCUAUGGGAAGGCCCAGAAUGCAUCCAAAGGGAUCUAUGCGAUGGCCUCCCACGAUGUCUUCCUCCUGAAGAAUCAGCCCCGCUACCGGAACCUGGGUCUGGAAGUCUAUGUGACAUUCUUCGAGAUUUAUAAUGGGAAGCUGUUCGACCUGCUCAACAAAAAGGCCAAGCUGCGCGUGCUGGAGGAUGGCAGGCAGCAGGUGCAGGUGGUGGGGCUGCAGGAGCACCUGGUGAGCUGUGCAGAUGAUGUCAUCAAGAUGAUCAACAUAGGCAGUGCCUGCAGGACCUCUGGGCAGACAUUUGCCAACUCCAACUCUUCCCGCUCCCACGCCUGCUUCCAGAUUCUUCUUCGAACCAAAGGGAGAGUGCAUGGCAAGUUCUCUUUGGUGGAUCUGGCAGGGAAUGAGCGAGGGGCGGACACUUCCAGUGCUGACCGGCAGACCCGCAUGGAGGGCGCAGAAAUUAACAAAAGUCUCCUGGCUCUGAAGGAGUGCAUCAGGGCCCUGGGACAGAACAAGGCUCACACCCCGUUCCGUGAGAGCAAGCUGACACAGGUGCUACGGGACUCCUUUAUCGGGGAGAAUUCAAGGACCUGCAUGAUUGCCAUGAUCUCACCAGGCAUAAGCUCCUGUGAAUAUACUUUAAACACACUAAGAUAUGCAGACAGGGUCAAGGAGCUAAGCCCCCACAGUGGGCCCAGUGGGGAGCAGCCAACUCAAAUGGAAACUGAGGAGAUGGAAGCCAGCUCUGAUGGAGCCCUGAUCACAGGCGAUUUCUCCAAGGAAGAGGAGGAACUGUCUUCCCAGAUGUCCAGCUUUAAUGAAGCCAUGACUCAGAUCAGGGAGCUGGAAGAGAGGGCCAUGGAAGAGCUCAAGGAGAUUAUACAGCAAGGGCCAGGCUGGCUUGAGCUCUCUGAGAUGACGGAGCAGCCGGACUACGACCUGGAGACCUUUGUGAACAAGGCAGAGGCUGCCCUGGCCCAACAAGCCAAGCACUUCUCUGCUCUGCAAGAUGUCAUCAAGGCCUUGCGCCUGGCCAUGCAGCUGGAAGAGCAGGCCAGCAAACAAAUAAGCAGUAAGAAACAGCCCUAGUGACGACUGCAAAUAAAGAUGUUUGGUGUCACCCCCAGCCUUUUCACCACCUCGUCCCGCCCCAGUGAACUUUGGGCACCUAGUGGGUCUUGUUAGGGCCUGAGCUGGGACAGGGUCUCAUCAGGGAAAGACCAAGUAUGGGUGCAUCAGGGCCAGGGCAGCUGGGCAAGGUGGUCAGAGGGACAUGGGACACUCCUUUCCUUUUCCUCAAUUGUAGCCCUGAGGGGAGCAAGCAAGGAUGUGAGGAAGGAGCUCUGGGUUGCCCUGUGUGUUGCCCCUCCAAGUGGGAAAGGCGUGCUGGCAGCUCUCCCUUGGUUGGCAUUCUGCCUGUAUGGACUGGCUGCUGGUGGAGAGGUUGCUGGGGUUGUCCUGCUCUGGGGAGACGGAGGAGCGUUUAGUCCACUUCCUGCUGGCUCUGGCCUGCCUUCUCAUCCUUGGUCUGGGCACUGAUAUGUCUUGUACUUUAAAAAAAGUUUCUGGAACCUCUUCCUCUGUUGCUAUUUUUUGAGUCCCAAGAGGAUCCCUGCUGUUUACUGUUUUAUGUGUUUAUACAUUGUUUAACAAUA